AUGCCUGACGGAUUCUACAUUUUCUACGUUGGGAAGCGUCUUUCCUAUGACAAUCAACUAUGCACAGUUCGAUACAUAGGAGAAGUGAAAGGCACAAAAGGAGAAUGGCUGGGUGUGGAGUGGGAUGAUCCAACUCGCGGAAAGCAUUCGGGUGAACACGGCGGCACCAAGUAUUUCGAAUGUCUCAACCAAAGCACAGCAACAUCAGCCUCCUUCAUCCGCCCAGCCCGCAAAUACGACCCAUUCCGCUCCUUUGCAGAAGCUCUCAAGGCAAAGUACGCCUCAGACCCUGUUCAAGACCCCAGCAUCCACAUUGUCUUUGCCACUAAGCCUGGCGACAAUGCGCUCAAGAAAGAUCCACUGGCCCGUAUCAACCAACCCAUCCGUAUUAGCGGAAAAGAGGUGGAAGAAGUUGGUUUUGACAAGAUUAGAAAGCAGCUCGCGCAGCUCAGCGAACUGAAGAUUGUUAUCCUGGACGGCCUUCGUAUGGAUCGGAGUGUCGCGAGGUUGAGGGAGGGAAUGGAAGAGUGGGAGAAGGGUCUUACAGACGUGCGGGAGGCGUGUCCGAAAGCGAUUGAGCUUGACCUCAGUAGGAACUUGUUCGAGGAGUGGAGAGAAAUUGCAUCUAUAUGCGAGCAGCUGGAGAAGCUAAAGAGUCUACGAGUGGAGUAUGCCAUGCCCAGUUUCCCCUUUAUCAUACCACACAAGCUUACACCUCCCAGCGGCAACCGUUUCAGAGACAUUUCCAUUACUGCCGCCGAACGCCCCCGCUGCCUCGCAGCCUUCGCCAACAUCACCGACCUUAAGCUCGAAGACACGCUCCUCCCCUGGGAAUCUAUCGCCUCGCUGACGCACCUUUUUCCCGCCCUAAUCACAUUCUCCGCUUCCUCAAAUUACUAUACCUCUCUGACAUCGCACAUUUUGAACCCGGCGAUCACAUCCCUCACCCUCGAAGACAACAAUCUCACCUCCCUCUCCGUAAUUUCUUCCCUGGCCAGCCUCCCCUCCCUCCGUCGCCUCAUCCUCAAAUCCAAUAAAAUCUCCAUCAUCACAGCCGACUCUUCACCUUCCCCCCCGGUGUUCUCGUCAUCGGUGACGGAACUCGAUUUGACCUACAACGACAUCUCCACCUGGUCAUUCCUCGAUGCCCUCCCGCGCAGUUUUCCAGGCCUGACCUCCCUCCGCAUAUCUCACAAUCCAUUAUACGCCCACCUGCAGACACCAGACGGGCGCCCAAUGACGCCCGAAGACGGGUACAUGCUGACCAUCGCGCGCCUCUCCUGCCUCCGCACGCUAAACUACUCCCCCAUCACGGACAAAGAGCGAUUGAAUGCCGAGAGUUACUAUCUGUCGUUGAUAGCGAAAGAGCUCGCUUACGCUCCGGAGAAAGACGCCCCCGCUAUACUGGAAAGCCAUCCAAGAUACAAAGAGCUGUGCGAGGAGUACGGCGAACCCGUCAUCGCGCGCGAGAGAGGGGGCGUGAAUCCUAACUCGCUGGCUGCACGACUCGUUCGCCUUCAUGUGUACUUGAAAGAUAGCACGGAAAACCAGCAGGUGGAGUUGGAGAUCCCGGGGCGGUGUACGGCGUAUACGCUUAUUGGGAUGGUGAGUCGCGAGUUCAAGACUAAGCCUAUGGGGAUGAGGCUGGUGUGGGAGACGGGGGAUUGGAUGCCUGCUCCGAAGGGGGUCGAGGAGGAAGACAACGAUUCUGAGAGCGAGGACGAGGAGGAGAGUGAGGUGGGCAGGGUUAUGCGGGAGGUGGAGAUUGUGCCAGGGACGAGGAGCGUGGGGACGUGGAUUGAUGGGAUGGAAGCUACGAUUAGGGUGGAGCUGCGAUGA